AUGGCGUUCGACAAGAAGAGAAAGCACUCCGGCGAGCAGGCGCAGGCCAAGCGCUCGCAAUCAAAAGGCGGCCCAAAACGCCAAAAGACGCAAAAUACGGAGAAACACUUUGUCCCCGUCGAUGAGUUGCCAUGGCAGACUGUCGAAGUUCCUGAGAUGUUUGAUGACGCCGAAGGGUUUUACGGCCUGGAGGAAAUCCAGGGUGUUGAUGUCGUCAGAGAGGGCGAUGUUGUCAAAUUUAAGGAUGACAAGAAGGCUGAGAACCAAAAAAUGGAGGACAAUGAAGAUGAAUUCGAAGGCUUCGACGACACACCUGAGGAGGAGUCAACUCCAGUAGAGACCAAGGCGGGUGACCAAAAGAAGGAACCCAAGACCAAGAAGAAGGACGCCAAGGACCAAAAGAAGGAGCCAAAGGAGGCAAAGAAAGAUGGAAAGAAAGACGCCAAGAAGCAAAAGAAACCAGCGCCACAACCUACGGAAGAUCCCGAAUUGGAGUCGAAUCUGUUCACCAGCCUCGACACCUUACCUGAUAUCGAACCAGAGGAAGACGUUGAUACAUCCGAAUGGGCGCCACUUGAGCUGUCGCCUGACCUGGUAGCAGCGAUUGGAAACCUCAGAUUCGGCAAGCCAACACCGAUUCAGGCACGCGCUAUUCCAGAAAUAAUCAACGGUCACGAUGUUAUCGGUAAAGCGUCCACGGGUUCCGGCAAGACCUUGGCCUUUGGGAUUCCCAUUGUGGAAAAGUGGCUUGCGAAGCAGGCAGAGGGAAAUGAGGACGAGAAGAAACACCCAAUCGCCAUGAUCCUUUCACCAACAAGAGAAUUGGCUCAUCAGAUUUCGGAUCACUUGAAGAAGCUUAGCGAUGGCCUUACCGAGUCGCCUUACAUCUGCUCAGUCACUGGUGGUUUGGCUAUUCAGAAGCAGCUGAGGCAGUUGGAGAAGGCAGAUAUCAUCAUCGGAACACCUGGUCGUCUGUGGGAGGUCAUCAGCACAGAAAUUGCCGUAAUGAACUCGAUCAGGCAGAUCGACUUCCUCGUGGUGGAUGAGGCUGACCGCCUGCUCAAGGAUGGCCAGUUUAAGGAAGCAGAGGACAUCAUCAAGGCCUUGGACCGGACGCGUCCCGGUGAGGAGGCUGAGGAAGAUUCGGAUUCCGACGAAGAGCCUACGCCCAAACACAACCGCCAGACCCUGGUCUUUUCUGCCACCUUCAACAAGGCCCUCCAGCAGAAGCUCGCCGGCAAGGCCCGCUACAACCUCAUGGGAGAAGCUGAGUCCCUCGAGCACUUGCUCAAGAAGCUCAACUUCCGGGAGGCCAAGCCCAAGUUCAUCGAUGCGAACCCCGUCUCCCAGAUGGCCGACAAGCUGAAAGAAGGCCUCAUCCACUGCGGUGAUCUCGAGAAGGACCUCUACCUCUACGCCGUCCUCCUCCUCCAACCCACCCGCCGUGCCCUCGUCUUUACCAAUGCGAUCAACACCGUCCGCCGCCUCACCCCCUUCCUCCAAAACCUCGGUCUCCCCGCCAUCUCUCUCCACUCCGACAUGGAGCAAAAAGCCCGUCUCCGCUCCCUCGAAAAGUUCAAGGCCGACCCACCCAAGAACGCCAACCCCGGCUCCUCCGUUCAGGCUCCCAUCCUGGUAGCAACCGACGUCGCCGCCCGCGGUCUCGACAUCCCCAACGUCGACCUCGUAAUCCAUUACCACGUCCCCCGCAGCGCAGACGACUACGUCCAUCGCUCCGGUCGUACCGCUCGUGCGACUCAAUCCGGCGUGUCGAUCAUGCUCUGCGGCCCCAAGGAGGACAUCCCCACCCAGCGCCUCAUCACCAAGGUCCACGCCUCCACUGCAGCCUCCAGCGGCAAGCCCAAGAAGGACCUCUUGGGCGUCCAGACCAUUGACAUCGACAGGCGGCUGGUAUCCCACCUCAAACCCCGCGUGACGCUCUCCAAGAAGAUCACCGAGACGACGAUUGCCAAGGAGAAGGGCGCAAAGGAGGAUGACUGGCUGAAGAACGCGGCGGAGGAGCUGGGGAUCGAGCUGGACGAGGAUGAGUUUGAGAAGGUGGGCAGCUGGAAGGGGAAGGGGAGCGGGAAGAAGCAGCAGGAGAAGCAGGCGAGGGCGGUGGGGAAGCAGGAGGUGCAGAAGUGGAGGUGGGAGUUGAAGGAGUUGCUGAAGAGGCGGGUGAACACGGGGGUUAGUGAGAAGUAUCUGAAUGGGGUUGAUGUGGAGGGGUUGCUGAGGGGGGUGAGGAGUGAGUUUUUGGGGCAGGUGGAGGGGUUGGGGCUUUGA